UUAAAUCCUUCUGGAGAAGAAGCCUGUCAGUAUUUGACUUCAGUUCUACAAGUUAAAAAUCCUUUACUUAUGAGAGAACUUAAUCUGAGUAAACAGAAACUAGAAGACUCAAGAGUCAAUCAGCUUGCUGCUCUUCUGGAAGAUAAACACUGUAAACUGAACACACUUCUGAGCUCGACCUCAAUGGAAAUCCACUAAAUGACUCAUUUGAAGAACGCAAAGAAUGUAUAUAAUGUCCUUAAAGAUUCACACUGCAAACUGGAGAAAUUGGGGUUAAGAGAGUGUGGUAACGACAAAUGAAGGACUUUAGCUCUGAAUUCAAAUCCAUCACACCUGAGACAUCUGAACCUGAGUGUGAAUAAACUAGGAGACUCAGGAGUUAAAAUCAUCUGUUUUGUUUUGAGAAAUUCAAAAUUCAAGCUGAAAAAACUAGAGUUGUGUGAAUGCAGUAUAACAGAGAAAGACUGUGGCCUCCUGACUCCAGAUCUGUAUUCAAAUCUUUCAAACCUGAGAGAGCUCGACCUCAGUGGAGUUUUUGUCCUAACCAGCUGUGACAAGCAACGACUAAAGAGUGGAGAUUUGUCAUUUCGUCAAAGGAUGAUGAACAAAUUGAAUUUCUGGUCUGAAAAGAAACCUGUGAAAUUGAGAAGACUGGAAGAAGGUGACCAGUCACCAUCAGAUGAGGAGUCCUCAGAAGAGGAAGAUGAGGAAGACAACAAAGAGGAAGACACACUGCAUUCUAACAUUGUUAAAGUGGACUCUGAAGAAGACCCUGGUCAGAGCAUAGAUGUUAAAGUGGACUCUGAAGAAGACCCUGGUCAGAGCAUAGAUGUUAAAGUGGAUUCUGAAGAAGACCCUGGUCAGAGCACAAAUGUUAAAGAGGACUCUGAAGAAGACCCUGGUCAGAGCAUAGAUGUUAAAGUGGAUUCUGAAGAAGACCCUGGUCAGAGCACAGAUGUUAAAGAGGACUCUGAAGAAGACCCUGGUCAGAGCACAAAUGUUAAAGAGGACUCUGAAGAAGACCCUGGUCAGAGCAUAGAUGUUAAAGUGGAUUCUGAAGAAGACCCUGGUCAGAGCAUAGAUGUUAAAGAGGACUCUGAAGAAGACCCUGGUCAGAGCACAGAUGUUAAAGUGGACUCUGAAGAAGACCCUGGUCAGAGCAUAGAUGUUAAAGUGGACUCUGAAGAAGACCCUGGUCAGAGCAUAGAUGUUAAAGUGGACUCUGAAGAAGACCCUGGUCAGAGCAUAGAUGUUAAAGUGGACUCUGAAGAAGACCCUGGUCAGAGCAUAGAUGUUAAAGUGGACUCUGAAGAAGACCCUGGUCAGAGCAUAGAUGUUAAAGUGGACUCUGAAGAAGACCCUGGUCAGAGCAUAGAUGUUAAAGUGGACUCUGAAGAAGACCCUGGUCAGAGCACAGAUGUUAAAGUGGACUCUGAAGAAGACCCUGGUCAGAGCACAGAUGUUAAAGAGGACUCUGAAGAAGACCCUGGUCAGAACACAAAUGUGUCCAAUCAAUGGUGGUAUUAAGUAUGAAGCCUACAAUCAUAUAAUGUUGUUGGGAUUAAACUAAUCCAUAUAUGAAGCAAUUAAAUUUUGCUAAUUAGUAGUUGGACUGUCAAGAUUGUACUUUUAUUGCAUAUAUUUUUAUUGUAUAUAGUUAUAUAAGACAGACACUUUUUAUUUUCAUUGUAUUUAUUUCUAAGACAUUUAGCAGACAACUUUAGUAAUGCUUUAGAAAUUAAAUUAUAUCAUUACAUUAGGAAAAGCCUAUUACAUUUCAAAAUAUAUAAUACUUUUAGCUAUAGCAAAGUCCCUUUAAAGCUGAAGUAUGUAACUUUUUCAGUAUUAAAAUACUUUCUCAUAUCCCAGCUUAGUAUGCUAUUAGUAAGCCAUUCGUAAGUUAAUUUUCCUAGAAAACUGUGAAUGCAAUGAUAUGCAAUUUUAUGUUUUGAUUAUGAUCUAAAACACAUUUUACUGACAUCAACAUAUUUAUUUAAAUUUAUUUAAUAUGAAUAAAGUCCCUGUGAACUGC